AUGCAAGUUGGUCAAACGCUUACAUAUGCCAAAUAUGGCAUAGUAAUCGCACAAAUCUGGUAUAUUCUAAGGUUUGUGUAUAACAGGUCCAGACUAUUGUUCACCAUUUUAAGUUUUUUGCUACUUUUCUCGUUUUUGCUUGCAAAAUUUGUGAAAUUACAGCUAUUGCCGAUCUCCGUAUUCUUCAUACGCAACAAUAUCAAGGGAAACUACAAUGAAAUCCUCUGCAACAAAUACUGCGAGAUAUUCAAGAGGCUAAGCUUUGAGCUCAAUGUCGAAUAUGAUGACUAUAGCCGUUGGAAUCUUAGAGAGUUGAGGAAUUUAUUCAACGAAGUAUACACUCUCUACGCCGCUCUCUAUAUUUCAAUAAACGUGUACAAGGUGGUUCUACCAAAGCGCCUUGUGGAGUUUUACAAGACAUUGAAACUUCAUCUAAAUUUACUGACCAAAGCACGAUUGCCUUUGACCAAUCUAGGUCAUUGUCCAAUCGUUGAUAUUCAAAUUUUUGAUGAUGUUCAAUGGUAUGUCGUAAAGGAAAUAUCGCAAGAUGUGAGAUUUAAUGAUUUUCACACAAAAACACCCGUAAAGGCGGGGACAGUUAGUCUCCUGUCUGCCUUGCACAGGGAAAAUUCAAAGUACAUAACCGACGGUAUGAUCAACGACUCUUUGGCAAAGACAGAGGUAUUAAGAGAGAUUGAUGAUAUUAUAGUUUUGUGCAACAGUCUCUACAAUAUGAUGACUAUCAUUAAACGUGAUGGUUUAAAGGAACAUUCUAGAAGUUUUCUACUGCAGUUGUUUAGGGAUGCAAAUUUUCCAUUUGCAAAUACAAAAUUUCUAAAGGCUCUUUCAAUAUUUGAAUUUAAGGGGAAACACGAAUGCAUUAAAGUUCCAAGGUUUAUUUACACUAAUGAUCUAAUUGAUGCCCUUAUUGUACCAAAUUCAAAGCUGGUCUCCAGAGAGGAUAUGAGCAGGAAACCUAUAUUAAACUAUUCUCCGUAUCACAAGAAUAACGUACAGUUAAUAAGUAUGUUGUACGGUAGCAAUAUUUAUGAAAAAAUUGUUGGAUACUUUGAUGGGAAGGCAGCUUCUGAUCCUAUGGUCAUUUUUUCAAAUCCAAAUGCUGCCUCCUAUGAGCUAUAUGUAUUUUCUCCAUCUGAUAUACACUUUCAUUGUGAACUUGGUAGAAACGUUUUCCUAUACAAUUAUGGAUCUGUUGGAGAUUCUAUUGGUAGUGUAAAUGUAAAGACCAUACUAAAUCAUGGUCAAUUUUUAGUAAAGUACUUAAUGAAAACCUUUGGAAAUGACUUAAAACUUGUUUUCCAUGGCAUAAGUAUCGGUGGCUUAUCCACUAUAAAACUCUCAAAGUUUGCUGAAGAGACAUUUAAGAAUUCUGAAUUCGUCUUGUGCCAAAAAACGUUUGGAGAUCUUCCAAAGCUUGCCUCGCAUAUGGUAACUAGUAUCUUUAAUCCAUUACUUCCAUUAUUCGGACUAGAUGUUUCUAGUGUUGAAGAUUUUCUGGAAAUUAAAACCAAAAAGGCCUGUAUAGUAGAUGUAAAUGAUGAAAUUAUACCGUUACAAUGCAGUUUAACAGCUUGUAUUUCUGAUAGCGUGACAAUUGCUGGUGUACAUAGGGCAAGCAAUUUGUUUAUACAAUUCAAACUUUCUUCUGUGAAAUUAAUGAACUCAGCUUUAAGCAAUAGUGAUAUUGUAACAAUGCAGAUCCUCAAGGAUAUUAUUAAAAUCGUAGGAAAUUACAUAAAUUCGACCGGACAACCACUAAUUAAUCUCUUGUAUACGGACCUUGAUAAUCACAUGUCGGCUAAAAAGGAUAUUUUGAGGGCUAUGGAAUUUUUUACCAGAUUUUGCAUUUGGGGGAGUCUUCCUAUAUUUUGCAUACCCAAGAAGAGGCCAAUUGAAUACUUUGAUUUAUCUCACUUCUACAAUAUAUGCAGCGGUAGUCAUUCAAGCAAGUUCGCUGUGUUUAACGGCUCUAGUGUUUUGGUUUCUAGCAAAGUUGCCGCAUUGUUUUGCAUAUUUUUAAAUUCCAAUGUUGUAGACUGGAUUGUUGACCCAGAAAAAUCGAAAAAGGCCUCUAUAUCAGACUCUAACAGAGCUAUUAGUCUAGUGAACGCAAAGGAACUAAAGGUAUUACACUCGGCCUCUACAGGACUAUAUUUUAUAAAUCAUGAAGCUGCUAGCAUUGUAAAAAAAGAACAUGUACAUGUAGCAUCUGCGAUUAAAUCAGAUUUGUCCUCGUUUGGAGUUGAUACAACCAUCAAUUCCAUACGUCAUUUUGUAUGGAUGAGACUAUAUUCAAUUUUAGGUCUACUAAAAUGUCUAGAUAUGAUAGAGAAUGUUUCAUUUUCUUCAUUUAAUUCACUGGAUCUCUCAGAAAUACUGACUCCUAAAUCUACCGAAACAGAAUCUAUAGAUGUAGUAAGGAUUGCAAAGCAAGCUUCUGGAACAGAAAGUGGUUUAGCUUCUGGAACAGAAAGUGGUUUAGCUUCUGAAAAUUCCAAUGGAGCAAUCGACUUUGCCGGAGUAAAAGACAUAUUACAACAUGCUAGACAAUUUAUAGGUGCACUUAUUGAUAUAGUCAUUGAUGAAACUACGCAUAAAACUAUAAAGAAACUUCCAUCUGACCUUGUCCCAGUAAAUGUGGCACAAGAUGAUAAGCUCGCAAAACACAUUAAAGAGAUCAUUGGCGAUGCAAAAAAAUUCGGAAAUGUCAUCCCUGCGUUUUCGGGUCAUAAUAUAUCAAAUAGUAAAGAAGACCUAAAAUUAAUAGCGGGUUUACAGAGUUAA